AUAAGAACUGGUUAUGAUUUUUCUGACUUUGAGUGGGAUGCUGUUGAGAGUCCUGAUGUCGAGGAAGAAACGAUAGAUGAGGAUUUAGUAGAAGAUGGCUAUGUGGAAGGUCAAGGUGAGAUACAUACAAAUGACAAGGAAGAGGCGAAUGUCACUGUUGAAGGUAGCCUACUCUCUGGUUUGCAGAGUAAUGAGCAUGAAAUGGCGACAAGUUCAAAGAAGAGAAGGAGUAAGGACGGUGACCACGGUGCACAGACAAGGAAGAUGAAACUGUUAUGUCAAAGAGCUCCAGCCGCACCACAUGGUUUUGAUGAAGAGAUGAAAACAUUCAUCAGAGAAAUGUUUGAAACUUCUUUCAAGCAUUUUGGGCAAGAAGUAAGCAACAAAUUAGGAAAGAUAGAGCUAGAUGUAGCAACACUCAAGAAAGCAGUGAUCACUAUGGAUGAGAAUUCGAAAAAAGACAAGGCACCACCAUUCGGUAAUGGUCAACCAGUGGACGAUAAUUGUCUGUUUCAUGAAUUAUUCACCCGUCCGGGUGAAAUAGACCUUAAUAUGGAUUCGCAAGAUCCAGAUUUUCUGCAAAAAGAAAUGGGGCAUCUUUCUCAAAAAUCACAAGCACCGGGUUUUGAUCCAUCACAGGGUAUAUUUUCACAAAACCUCGAGAAACAACAGCGCAAAGACGACACUGCAGAGUUUAUGGAUUGGAAUGAUAAGGGUGAUUCGGGUAAAUAUGACGCUGACGCGGUGUUGGUAUACUUACCUGAAGCUAGAUGGACUGCUUUUGAAGCAUGGUUUAGGAACGUAAAUCGUGAUGUUCCAAAACUCGGUCCAUCUCAUCUAACUGAUGCACUAUUUAAGCGUCUGAUUGAUCAAAAAGAAUGGCUAGGCAACGAUGAAAUAGAUGCAGUACUGUACUUACAUCGGGAAUCCACAUCUUUACGCCGACUAAAUUCAGCUCGUGUUGGGUUUAUGAGUUGCGAGUUUAGCGCGCGAAUCAAAAACGAAUACCCAAAGUUCAUGAAAAAUAAAAAGACCCACAAAUGGGAUAGUCGGCUUAUUGAUUUCGUCACCGGUGAGUCCCCAUCUCAUGGAAAGACGGGUAAAAGUUGGGCUUUGGAUUUCGACAGAAUUUACGCUCCGGUAAACGUCAAUAAUAGUCACUGGAUUUCUAUUUGCGUCAACUUUGUUUUAAGAACUGUUGAAGUCUUCGAUUGUUUCGGCAACAACAACAGAAGAAACGUGGAAAUGUUUGCAUACAUCAUCCCAAGGAUUGUGAAAGACGUGCACGGGAAGGUAUAUGGAAAAGUCCCUCUAUUGACACAAUAUGAGAUAAUAAACGUCAAGGUGCCUAAAAAUCUGAACACUACUAUGUGUGAUUGCGGAGUGUAUGCAUUGAAACACAUUGAGUGUCAUAUGCUUAAUCUAAGCAUGGAUUUGAUAAACGAUGGGAACAUCAAAGAGGCGCGCAUGAAGAUUGCUGUAGACCUUUGGGAGGCUGCUCAUGAUCCUAUCUUAAUUGAGCGAAUGAAGAACUAUAAACCUCCACAUCAAUCGUCGGAUAUCCUUGAAAUUGAUUGAGAUUAAUUAGCAUUAUGGUGUUUUUUUUUAUCGUGCAAACAGAUUAUGUCCUACUCUUGCGACAUGUAUUUUGUAUGACCUUUGUUUUUUUUUUCCUAAUUAUUUAGGCGUUUUAUGAAAGUAAGUUCCUUGAGUUCGUCUCUAAUAUCUCCUAUUAGCUCGAGCAAGAUGAUUUUUUGUUCUCCACUCCUUCUUGUGCUUAUCUGUUUUAUACGUGUUCUACUCAUGUAUAAUUUGAUCCAUUACAAACUUGAUUAUGAACACAAACAUUAGAGACAAACGCAGGAA